CCACCUGCGUCAGAGUCAGUCUGACCGUCAACUCUUACAGGUGACGUACUGAAGCUCCAUUCGCAAAACCUCCAAUCAUGUGUGACAGUCGAAUUACAACUCCAUUUGUGCCUGACCCUAAUAUGGAAUUAGAGCAAAAAUUAAAGAAGCUUACAACAACCAGUGUUGUAACAAUGAACUCCAACGACAAUGUCAGUGAAUUAAAGGAGACAGAACCGGAGAAGGAGACAGAACGUGAACAGUACAAUACGAAUUGCAGUAAGGAAGAACAAAUUAAAGGUGCUUUACAGGAAAACUAUAAAGGUAUAUUAAAAGGUCUCGGAGAAGAUACAUCACGACAGGGACUUCUAAGGACACCAGAAAGGGCAGCCAAGGCUAUGAUGUUUUUCACAAAGGGAUACAGAGAAAACAUAAAAGACGCCCUAAACGAUGCCAUAUUUGAUGAGGAUCACGACGACAUGGUGAUAGUAAAAGACAUUGAGAUGUUCUCUUUAUGUGAACACCAUCUAGUACCAUUUAUUGGCAAGGUUUCCAUAGGUUAUUUACCAAACAAGAGGGUGCUUGGACUUAGCAAACUAGCAAGGAUAGUAGAAAUCUACAGCAGAAGGUUACAAGUUCAAGAACGCCUUACCAAGCAGAUAGCUGUGGCCAUCACAGAGGCUAUACAACCUUCUGGUGUGGGUGUGGUAAUUGAGGCUACACAUAUGUGUAUGGUGAUGCGAGGCGUACAGAAGCUGAACAGUAAGACGGUUACAAGUACAAUGCUUGGAGUGUUCCGGGAGGAUCCUAAAACACGUGAGGAGUUCCUCACUCUUACAUGCGCAGGCAGAUAGAUACAGUUACACACAGUGUCUCCCUAAUACGCCGGACUCAACUCUGACGGACAAACGAGUCACUGAGUCUAACAUGAUAGCCCUGCCUGUCCCCGUAUUUCUGACUGCCUGAGUUGUAAACAGAGAACUAUAUAAUAUAUUAGUGUGAGAAGUGUAGGAGAGGUUGUUUGAGACGGAUGCUUGAUUUGUGAGUUGCUGAAGCAUUAGUAUGUUUGUAACCAGUAAGAUUGUUUAAGGAGAAGGACAUAAUGUAUGACAAUAUGUAACUAGUGUAAUUGGUUGUAGUGUAUGUACACCUGAAUUUAAUCUCUAUUAUUUGAUCAUAUUCUGACUUAUUCCAGAUUUAUAAUAAGCUUGUUUUAAAGAAACUCCUUCAGUUUAAUUCCAUUGAUGCUCCUUUACAGACCAGUUAAACGUUAGGUUGUGAAGUGUGAUAUUCAUUAUUGAAUGAACAGAGUGUAGAGAAUAUAAAUUUCAUGGAUUAUAGUAAUGUUGUGACAGAAUUGAGUCUGGGCACUUAGAGCAUAGGAAAUGUUUACAGACUGGACAGGAUUUUGUUAUAUCUCUAGAUAACAUUCCUUGUCAUCAGUAUUACCCUUGGUCAUUAAUAUGUGCUUCAGGUGUGAUUCGUCUCCUACCAUUACUCUUCUCUUAUGGCACCAACACUAACCCUUUCACCGCUAUAUAACUUAAGUAGACUCUUCCAUGCAUUGAUAUGGAUGAGUCCAUU